GAUGUAGCUUCUCAUUGUCUUGCGUACUCGUUUCUGUCAUCUGAGAUCGCUACCGUUCGGCGAUCGACUUCGACCACGCACGGGCACCCAACUCUCCUUGAAUUCCCAAGCGUAGCGGCGCUCUAAAGAAGAGAAUCUGUGAGGCUAAGACCUGAACCCUCUUCUCGAACAAAUUCGAUCGGCUGCAGGACGGAUCUCUGGGCAGAGUGCAUGGCCUUCGCAGAACCCAUCGACCUGGUCACAAUCCUGGAGGUUAGGUAUUGACACACGGAACGGAGGGUCAGGAUACUUCUUUUCACAUUCAUAUCAUGGCUCCCCAAACCUCGAUACCUGCGGCUGCGAACGUCUUAGGCACCAUCGGAACAGUCUGUUGGUCCAUCCAGCUCCUUCCCCAGAUCUACCGAAGCUACCGCACCAAGUCGACUGUCGGUGUCCCUCCGCUCAUGAUGCUUUUCUGGUCAAUCAGUGGCGUACCGUUCGGCGCAUACGCGAUCGCGCAGAACUUCAAUAUUCCCAUCCAGAUCCAGCCACAAUGUUUCUGCCUGUUCUGCUUGGUCAACUGGGGCCAGUGUAAAUACUAUUCCAGUAAAUGGAAAGCACGGCACGUGAUCAUGAUAUGUACAGCAAUCCUGGUUGUCGAUGCCGGUCUCCAAGGACUUCUCGUCUGGCUGCUGCGGAAGGGGUAUCAUAAAAAGCACCUGGAGUGGCCCAUGACAUUGGUCGGAUCGCUCGCUUUCGUCCUUCUGAUCUCAGGGUAUAUCCCUAUACCGUUCGAGUUGGUGAAACGAAGAGGCAGAGUGGUUGGGAUCGACCUUUGGUUCCUGACCAUCGAUUGGCUGGGCGCAUUCUUUUCGUUGAUGUCUCUGGUGGUGCAAAACACAUUCGAUCCCCUAUUCGGAACACUAUACGCUGCUUGCAUCGAGAUGUCCAUGUUCAUUUCGCAUGGGAUCUGGCUGCUGCGAACUAGGCGCCUGCGCAAGAAGUGCAAAGAAGCUGGCUUGGAGUUCGACUUGCAUCCGGAGGCCGUGCAGUGGCAGAGCAGUGGGUUCAAGGUCUCUUGGUCGCGCACAUCCUCGACCCAGGAAUCGGACCACACCAGUCACCAGGUGGGUGAUGUUGCGCCUGACGCCCCGGCAAGAGAGAAGGAAUCACCGGCCACCAUCGUACCCGAACGUCCCGAUGAAGUGGUUUGA